GGAGAGCUUGCUCUUGCAUUUAGUUCCAACACCACCCCCUCCAAAAGAAACAGUCUGAGAUGCUCUAUUUUCUUCCGCCAGAACCAUUAUAGCAUGAGAAGUUCAUUCUGAGCAACUGCCUCAUUGCACAGCUAUUGCAAAGCCAAAGACCAUCCCAGCGGCAUGACCGUGUCACUCAAAGCAGCGCUGCAGCUAUGGGCAUUUUUGCUGGCUAAAGUCAUGUCAUCUGAGACAUUUAAUUGGGCCCGGGCCGCCACAGGGGGACAGCGGACGGCAUUCCUCCACUGCCUGCGCCCUGUUGUGUUGCUCUCCGCCGCGUGGCUGCAGUCCGUGGAUAACAUGCCCAUGCCCACGCAAACUUGAGCUGCUGGUGCUUGGAGUCCCUCUGACAGACACGAGUGUAGUGGAUGCUUUGACUAUGUCGGGAAACUUCUGAACACAAAACAAUAUAGUUUGGAGUCUCUAGAGGGAAGUGGAGGUCAACAUUUGAAGAUCUAGUUGUGCCAUGCUGCGGCUCAGAGGCGACUUUUUCUGAAGAAACUUUGGUGGUCCGACGGGGGACAGACUAUCCAUAUUGAGGACUUACACUGCUCCCUGAUUUUAAACUUUAUUAUACGGAAUUUCCUGGGUCGGGCUCGUGCUGCUUCAGGGAUAAAUGAUCACCUCAACCAGAAGAGUGUCUCCUGAUAAAUCUGAAGUUAGAAUCGCCUUCAGCCUCGACGACACAUCAGAUGUAAAAGAUGAGGAGAGCCGCCCUCAGACUUGCCCGGAUCUUGAACAGCGACUACAGCCAGUGCCCCCCUGUGUGUCUCUGAGAGAGAGCGUUCAUGUGUACAAGGAGCACUGCAGGAUGGCGAGAGAGUUCCACCAGGUCAAACAUGAGAUCGCCGUGCUUGAGGACCGCAAGCGUAAGUUGCUGGCAGAGCUGGUGGAGGAUGAGAAGGUUGCCAUGGAGAUUGCCCGUCUGGAGGAGGAGUUUUGUCGCCUAACAGAAGAGAACCGCACCUUGAUGACUGUCCACAACGAGCGCGCUCAGCAGCUGGAGACGCUGUGCUUGACCGAUGGAACGAGGCAGGACUCCUCGUGACCUUUGGCCUCCAGACGCCCAGCUGACACCAGGCCAGGAAACCAAGCAGUAUAAAGGCUCAGCUAGUGCUCGUUUGACACAACUACAGUCAGUGAAUCAGCUAGUAAUGCAGAAAGGCGUCGUGUUUGUUCAUGUCUGAGUCAUUUGUUUGAACCACAGACGUACUGUCAUCAUCAGUGUGAAGCUGUUGGAGUGAUUCCACCAAGCUAUGGCACAAGGCCACUUUUCUGGGUUUUGUUAUUAUGUGAUCUUGCAGAACCUUCCUGGUCGCUAUUGCAAUACCUCACAGUAUAUAUUUAUACAAUGUCAGCUGCUGUGAAUGUGACCAGAUAUUCUGAUAUCUGUCUCAGGUCCUGUGGAGACUCAGAUCUUUUACCUGAGGUCUGUGGAGGGAGCCAAAGGUGGUAUAAUGUGGUCCAAAAUGUCGUUUUUUUGAGGAGUGUUUCCCCUCCCCCCUCCCUCCAUCCGACCCCGACACUUGCCCGUCAAGUUCCUGUUAUUAUUAUUAAAAAAGGAAAUGAGACGAGUGUUUAACAGUCAGGGAUCAGGAAAUUAUAGCCAUUUGUGAGGAACAGCAAAAGAAGAAGGGUGAUCAUUAUCCAUUUCACACGACACAACACUGUUAGAGUUGUACAUUUUUUUUGACGUAGCGUGUCCCAGCCACCUGUACAGGGGAAGUAUACAACGAUAAACUGUUGCUUAUCUUUCUCAUCUAUUAAUAAAAUGCAUUUUAUCUUAACACCAGCAUCAGUUCCUUAGUUUCAUUUCUGCAAGCCGGUGCUGCUGUUUUUUUGAUGUGUGCUCUCUCACUGUGUUGUUGUGCUUACAUGGAAAAAGGAACUAGACUUUUUUUCUUUUCAUGAUGAGAUUAGCUCAUUCUGGAAUUAUGAAACAGUCACCUGAUUGGCCAGUUAAACUCUGGCAGCCUUCUUCCUUCAUAUCAUGUGACAUUAGCAACAGUGCUUUGUGGUGAUGAUUAGUCCUCUCUGUUGUACUGGCUGACACCUCAUCUUUGAAGGUGCGUUUUCUCUUUUCUUGCUUAUAUUUCAUAUUGUUUUCUGUCAGCAUUAAUGUGCUUCUAUAGUCAUACUAUCGCUGAUAUUUGAUCAAAUUUAUGUUUAAAGCAGUUGCUGACAGCCCAUAAGCCUAAAAUAAAUGAAUAAAGUUGAUAUAAGGAUAUAUACAGUGAUUGAAGUUGAUCUGGUACUGUUUUACAAUUGUUACCUUAUUCUACCUCUGCUAGCAAGGCGUCUUUCUCUUUUUUCUCUUUUUCUCUCAGGCUCUCUCUCACACACACACAAACCCAAACACAUGACAAGGAAUCAAGAUAUGAGACCUUCUGACAAACAUUAACCUUUAGAUUAACAUAAUAGCCUCCCUCUUCUUGCAAAAGGGUCAGUUAGCAGAAUAAGUCCAGACAACUCUAAAUCUAAAGACACAACUCAGCGUCAACAAGCCCAGCGUUUGAACAGGAUAUGUUCUAUUGUUUGUGUUUCUAUUAAGUGCUAUUCUGGGAAAAGUCUGUUAGUUUAGAUCCAAGGGUGGGAUUGGUAUGGUCGGGAAA